AUGGCCGAGGUGAGAUCGUUCUUACUUCUUUUUUCGGUUAUAAUAUCAAUGGAAUUAUCCUUUUCGGCUAGAAUCGCAGGUCUUAGCGGAACUUCUUCGGGAUCUCAUUAUUUUACGAUCAAAAAGGUCAUGGAGGAGUUGUUCUCCCGAGGUCACGAGGUGGUGCUUGUUCGACCAGUGCUUCGUGAUGCACCACCAAGUAAUGAGCAGAAAAUUCCCCAAAGGACAUUCCUGACACCAUACGACGAAAAAGAUACAGAGAAUAAAGUGAAAACAGCCAUGGAAGGCAAAUUGUGGAAGACAAUAAAUAACUUAUAUGAAAUGCAAAGAGUCAAUUGUGAAAUCAUGCUGAAUGACACAGUGCUACUUCAAGAACUGAAAAGCUUUGACUUGAUUGUUUAUGAGAGUUUUUCCUUCUGUGCUGUUUUGGUCUCUGAGCUUCUUGGCAUUCCAAAAGUAAUCAUAUUUUCUGGUCCUCCCAAUGGUCCAGGAACUUUUGCCCAUAAUGUUCCUUUUCCAGUAUCAUACAUUCCAGCACCAAUGACUUUAUUUACAAGCGAAAUGACGUUUUUACAGCGUCUUGUGAACUUUGGAGCAUACAACUUCAUACAGUCUGCAGAACAAGUUUUAAUUGCCAGGUACAUGGGUUCUCUGAAAGAGGAAUACAACAUCACUCCUGGGAAGAGCUACCAAGAAGCUGCUGGCAAUGCUGAACUGGUGCUGUUUCUUGCUGAUUUUGCACUGGAGUAUCCACAGCCUCUUUUGCCAGGUCAAAUUAUGGUGGGAGCCAUUUCUGCAAAAGCAGAUCCUGAAACACUCCCCCCUGAAUUAAAAGAUUUUAUUGACAGUGCAGGGGGGCAUGGGUUUGUCAUUGCCUCUUUUGGGUCAUAUGCGCAAACAAUCAUAGCUAAGGAGAAGAUCGAUGUCUUGGCUGAAGCUUUUGGAAAGGUGAAGCAGAAAGUCAUAUGGAAACUGAAAGGCUACAUACCCUCAUCUCUCAGGCAAAACAUAAGAGUAAUGAGCUGGAUACCUCAGAGUGAUCUGUUGGCUCACAAGGAUAUCAAAGCUUUUGUAUCUCAUGUGGGACACAACAGCCUUUAUGAGUCAGCAUAUCAUGGGGUGCCUGUGGUGGCUGUGCCCUUGUGUACAGACCAAUUUUCUAAUGCCAGGAAGGCAGAACACUUUGGACUAGCAAAAGUUUUAGAUCACAAAACCAUGAAUGCUGAAGAACUUUCAGAGGCAAUUCAGCAUGUUAUUGAUGAACCAAG